AUGAGUAUUAAUUUGGGAAAAUCCGAUGGUAUUGAUGUGCAAGCUGGAAAACAAAUCAAUGAUCUCAAAAUAGCAAUUUACGGAAAUAAUGUGACAUCUAGUGUUGUACACGAUGCAUACCAAAUGAGAGUCACCCCACAUGACUUCUGUGAAAUGAUUACAGUAUUUGCAUCCGUUGGUUUGAUGCCAAAGCUGAAAUUGGCACGAUUGGUUUCCGAUGAUGGGUCUACGGAGGUCCCAUUCUCUAUCCCAUCCUAUGGCAAGCACGAUGUUGUAACUUGCUUCUCACCGAUAUACGUCUAUGAACAAUGGCAAAAUUUUCUGCUCGCAGUUCAUAUUUAUAAAAAAUUUGGAGCGUUUAUGCACAUCUAUCUCAUCAGCUGCAUAACAUCGAUUUUCAAACUUAUGCAGAGAUAUGAAGCAGCGGGAUACAUGAGAAUUCAACCUUGGAACAGAGUGAAUUUCCCCUAUGUCCCAUCCCAAGUCGUUGACCCUUUUGUAGGAAUAGAAUUUCAAAAUCAAGCGGCAGCACACACAGACUGUCUUUUACGUUAUAAGAAACCAACAAUCAGUCGAGUGAUUGCGGAUACUCGUUAUGUAAACUACACAUGGAUCUAUCCGAAUUCAUAUUCCAUUGGAAGCGAUUACUAUAAAGUGACAGAGAACACAAUUACUCAUUUGGACGAUGUAAAAUGGAGAAGUUAUCACAAAUAUCAACAACAAGCGAUGUAUCUAAACUCCAACGACCCUCUGAUUUCUGCAGAAGACGUGAUAAAAAUUGAGAAAGAUUUUUUAACAAUGAUCGAUCAACAUGGAGUCCGUGGUCUUCUUCCAGAACUUCCAGAACGAUAUCACUUCACAAAUAAUCUGUCCAAAUGCCUAAAUGACAAUUACUACCAUCUCUUAAAGCACGGAAAUGUCGGCAAAAUUCGUUGUCCUGGUCCUCAAGUGUGCGAAUUUCCGAAAUUGCCGAAUGUAAUGUGUGUGCAUGUGAACGCUACACAUGUUGAGAUGGUUAAGACCUCACCUAUUACCUUUUAUUUUUCCACGGACCCGUAUUUUACUUCUGAUAUUGGAUGUAGACCGCAAUAA